UUGGGAGUGUUGUGUUGUGUUGUGUUUAUGUUGCGUUAAAAAAUGAAGCGAACUAUUUUAGAUUUUUUUAAAUCUACACCUGUCGCCGUCGCCGAACCUCAAGCUGACGCAAAAAAAUGCAAAGUGUCCACAUUUUCUUGUCAACCAGCCCCGUCUAAUCAACCAUUGAUUGCACAGGUAGGCACCUAGGAUACAAUUUUUCUUUAAUUAUUAGUGGAUUCGGGUAACGUAAUAGUUGGGAACUCAAGUUAUUUUGCUUCCAAAACAGAUGUAAAUCGUUUUGACCUGUGCAUGAGUAAGGUGUAAUUGCUGAAAUGCAAUUUAAAGUCCUGUUGCGAAAGGUUUUUCAAUCGGGUAAUUUUACUUUCGGAAUUCCAGGAAAGGGAAUUUGAUCGCAGCAUCACUGGUAGCCUUCGACUAUUUGACAUAGGAUUUGCAGUUGGGAAAAUCUUGAGUGACGGGGAAAAACUGAAAUUUUUAAGCGAAACAUGGAAUCCUGAUAGUUCGUACGUGUUUCCGUCUCACUUUGAAGGCAAGCAAAAACGAAAAUUCAAGAUUGAGUGGCUAAGCCAGUUCAAAUGGUUAGCCUACAGCGAACAAGAAAAAGGAGCGUUUUGCAAAAUGUGCGUUUUAUUUGCACCUUCUGUGGCAGGAGUUGGUAAUCAUCAGGCUUUGAAAACUUUGGUGAAGGAGCCUCUUUCAAAAUACAAAAAAGCUCUUGAAGUAUUUAACCAUCAUAAGGACACGAGCUACCACGCAUUCUCGGUAGAAAAAGCUUCUAAUUUCAAUAAAAUAGUGAGUUAUGAAGGCUCUUUAAGCAUUGCAGCCCAGCUUGAUAAACAAAAAGCAGCGAUUAUAGAAGCCAACAGAAGGCGUCUUAAACCCAUUGUCAAGACUGUUAUAUUUUGUGCGCACAAUAAUCUGCCAUUGAGGGGUCACAGAGAUGACGGUGAAUUACGGUGCUCAACUGAUUCAACCAAGAUAGUUGGUACCAGUCAAGGAGUUUUCAAAAAUCUGCUGUCGUUUCGUAUCGAUGCGGGAGAUGAAGAUCUCAGGUUUCAUUUAGAAACAUCAAAAAAAAAUUGCACGAUGAUCAGCAAAACUAUCCAGAAUGAAAUUAUUGAGGCGCUUGGUGAUGUUGUGAAGAAAAGCAUUGUGGCCGAUGUGAAAAAAUCUAAGUUUUAUUCCAUUCUUUGCGAUGAAACGACUGACAUAAGCACCAAAGAGCAAAUGACCUUAUGCGUAAGAUACGUUGAUACUGGAAAUUAGUGUUGAAGGAAGAGUUUUUGGGUUUUGUGGAAGUGAAGUCGACAACUGGACGUGAUCUUAAAGAGGUUAUAUGUGCCGAAAUAACGAAAUUGGGACUGUCUAUCGAAAAUCUUCGCGGCCAAGGUUAUGAUGGUGGUAGUAACAUGUCGGGAAAGUUUAAUGGUGUUCAAGCUCUCAUCAAAUCAGAGCAGCCGUUAGCUUUAUAUACACACUGUUUCAGUCAUUCGCUGAAUCUGUGUAUAUCGAAGAGCUGCGAAAUCCCUGCCAUCAGGAACAUGAUGGGAAUACUGGGCUCCGUAUCAACUUUUCUGUCAGCGUCUGCUAAGCGCACUGCUUUGUUGGAAAAAACCAUCCAGGAAUCUGAUCUAAAGGACACACGAAAACGCAAGUUGAAAGCACUUUGUAGUACUCGAUGGGUAGAAAGACACGAGAGUGUUCUCACAUUUCAGCAACUCUUUCAACCCAUUGUAGAUACCCUAGAGCAGUUGGAAAAUGAUCAUGACCCGAAUACUUCAAGCAAAGCAGCAAUGUUUAGCUCUUCAUUAAAACGAAGUGAUUUCAUAGUCUCAAUGGGAGUUGCCGCCUACUGCCUGUCUUUUACACUGAACCUGAGUAAGAACCUACAGAGUGUUGAUCAAGAUCUUUCAACUGCUCUGUCUCACGUUGAUGAUGUUAAAUCAGUACUUCGAGGUAUUAGGGAACGAAGUGAUGAGGAAUUCAAAUCACUGUAUUUACAGGCAAACAAGUUAGCCAGUGAAGUAGGCGCGACCAUUUCUAUGCCAAGGACAUGCAAUCGGCAGACUCAUAGGAGCAAUAUUGGUGCGAAUGCAGAGGAUUAUUACAGAGCUGCUAUUUUUGUACCGUUUGUAGACCAUGUGAUCACCCAACUUCGAGACCGAUUUGAUGGAAUCUGCAGCGUGAUUUCUCUUGAAGGCCUGAUUCCCGAAUAUCUCAGUAAAUAUGACGAUAUGGCAAUAUUAAAAGCCGCUGAGUUCUACGAUCAAGAUAUGCCAGGAUCAAUGUUAGAACUGACCUCUGAAUUGAAAAUGUGGAGGCAGAAAUGGCAAGGACAACAAACGGUGCCGAAAACUGCCAUCGAAGCUCUAAAAGAAUGCGAAGAAAUGUUUUUCCCAAAUAUAAGAGUACUACUUCAGAUAUUUCUAGUUUUACCUGUAACAACAGCAACCGCGGAAAGGAGUUUUUCGGUUUUAAGAAGACUCAAAACAUACCUGCGAAGUACCAUGACUGAAGGGAGGUUGAAUGGAUUAGCCCUCGCGAAUAUUAAUUCGUCACGUCAAAUAGAUGUUGAGGAAGUCAUCAGUACUUUUUGUAAAAUGAAACCCCGACGAUUAGAAAUGUCCAGUUGGGAUUGAUAUUACUCAUUUUGUUUUGUAGUUCAUACGAGAUAAUGUAACGUUACUAAUGUACAAUAAAUACUAAAACUUAUUCAAUGGUGAAGGAAAAUUUCAAGCCCCCCCCACGACCUCGUCCUAGAUCCGCCACUGCUUGCAAGCCCGGAUGCUCGAGCUCAAUGGGGGACAGGAAACCGAAAUGCUGCGAAUGCUAUUUUUAGAACGCCUCGAUCCUUUCGUCAGCGCCAUGGUUCAGAGCAAAAAACGCGACCGACCACGAGAAAACCCAAUGACAUUGAUUGAGAUGGCUACUGAAGCUGAUCAAAUCAUGGGUACUUUCAAACGGUCCAAUAAAAUAAGUGUGGUAGAACAUAACAGCAAUUCCCGAAGAGACAGCAUGCAAGAAAAAAUCGACCAGUUGGAGAAGGAACUAGCCGAUCUGCGCGCGCAGCAGCGACGCAAAUCACAGAGUCGUGGCCGAAGUCCUGACCGACGUGGGCGCAGUCCCACACCGACCCGACACGAACGUCGAGAUUCAUCCGCCAAACCUUUCAUUUGCGAAUACCACGAAAAGUACGGUAAGGGAAAGCACAAAAAUAAGAAAUGCGUAAGAGGUUGUAGCCUCCGAGCCGAAUGGUUCGCCGCUCGCCGCACCACCCAUGAGCGAGCAGACCGAUCGCAAUCUGGCGAACGAACCACUUCGUCAAAAAACUAAUAGCUGCUGAUUCAAUGGACCCGUCACUAUCCCUGAAUCAGCAACAAAUGGUAUCCGUUUUCCCCCCACUUAGCGGUGACAACGAGGACCAGCUGUCCCACCAAAUAAACUCACACCAAACCGUUCCAUCAUCAGAACACCACACGCCACACCUAAGAUUGUCUAUUACUGAU